AUGCUCGUCCUUUUCCCCAAUUUUACACCAGCAACAUCAGAACUCUCACAGCAAACACUAUCAAACACCUCUACCGCAGCCAUGGCACAAUCUGGUAAUCUCCUGGUCGUUGACCUGCAUAAACAGACCUUAGACAACUGUUUUUUCAUGUCGGCUGAAGAAACUACGCUCGACAUCAUCACCUCCAAGGAGCCUGAGGGUGGCAAAUUUCGGGCCAUGGUGAUCAAGAGCGAGGGCUAUGGUUGGAGGCAGAAGCGUUCAGUCCUCUUCUCGGAUGUGGGAACCACCGUGGUCGAAGCCCUAGAGCUCCUCCAUGCCAAAACUGCCGAGGCCCUCAACCACCACAUCCUGACCAACGGUUUCGCGCCUGUGCGUGCAAGCCGCCGCAAGCCUCGUGACUGGGACGAGGACGGGAGCGAGAUGUCGGCCUCGUCGUCCGGUUCAGACUCGGACGAUUCGGACGACUCCAGGUCGGGCUCAAACCUUUCCGAUGAUGGAGGACCGCCUCGCCCAAAGACACAGAAACGAUCCAAGAAGCACCGCUCAUCUUCGCGACCAAGAGUCCACAGCCCUGUGCCGGGACCUCCUAUACGCAUCGCCGUUGCACCUCCGGUCCCAAGCAUGCCCCGGCCGCCACCUAUGGGCUUUCGUCCGGGCAUGCCUGGCCACCCACUUCCGCCCGGACUGCGGGGCGGCGUUCCGCCUCCAGGGCAUCCUAUGCACGGGCGCCCACCUCCUGGUUUCCGUCCCCCUCAACUCGUCGACGUGCCCAACCCGCCUAACGCCGGCCCGCCCAACCUGCGCCCCCGCGUUGUCAAGAUUGGCAUCACCUGGGCCGGCCACAGGCAGCAGAUAAUGGUGCACGAGGUCCCGACCAGGCGCAGCAUCACCACGUCGGCCAUGCGUUACUUCAACAGCAACCGUAGCGUCUUUGGCGCCGCUCAAGAGGGCCCCGCCAUGGGCGCCAACAUGUGCGUGCUCAAGGAGGUCGUGCUGACCAAGGCCGGGUCCGGCGAGGAGCGCUACGACAUGACUGCGUACCACAUGGACGACCUGUCCGAGAUGUGCGACUCGGUCAUCGGCACCUCCAAGAAGAUCCCGCUCUUUGAGGUCAUUAUCCAGCGUCUGCCGGGCAGCCCGGAAUGCAGCGACGGUGACUGGUAG